AUGGAGGAAAUACUUGUGGACAUUCUUAGCAGGCUACCUGUGAAGUCAGUUGUUCGUUUUAAUUGCGUAUCAAAAUUUUGGAAUGUAUUAAUCUCUCAAUCUUAUUUUACGAAGAAACAUUUCAAUCAUGCUAAAAAUCAAGCCAGUUCCCAAAAGUUGCUUUCUCUCCACUGCCAUCCUAAAGAUGCAGAUGAUAAUCGUCUUUACUUCUAUUCAUCUUCUUUAUCCUUGGUUCAACUUGUUAAGGAUUAUCGCAUAGUUGAUUGCCCUCCAAAUUCUAAUCCAUCAUAUGGUGCACUCAUCUAUUGUAGCUGUGAUGGCUUGUUUCUCAUCGGAAUCUGGAAUAAACGUUAUGUUGAGCAACCUAAAGUAUUAUUGAUAUGGAAUCCCUCCACAAGAGAUCAAUCUACACUACUUCCCCAUUCCAGAUAUUACUAUAGUAGUGAUUCCUCUAGUAGUAGUAGUGAUUAUGAAGAUGGUGAUGAUAAUGAUCUUCGAUCUACUUACGGAUUGGCUUAUGACUCUAUUAGUGAUGACUAUAAAGUCUUUAGGCUGGUACUGUCUUUUGAUGGCCAAAACGAAAACGAAAUUUUCGGACUGAAAGAAGGUUCAUGGAGAAUUAUUGACGAAACCUCCUCAUCAGGUAUGACAGAUUGUUCUAUGUAUUCUGGGGGGGAAUUUUUGCCAUUUGUAGAUGGAUCAUUUCAUUGGCUUGGUGUCUCAUCGAAGAAGUUGUACGUGGUUUCAUUUAAUAUUUCAUCUGAGGUGUACGGAGAAAUAUCAUUGCCAGAUUUUGUGUGUUCCCUCGCUAUAUCUAGGUGGUCCAAACAUAAAAUUGAAGUUGAUGUAGGUGUAUCAGUGUUGGGCGGAAGGCUUAGUUUUUAUUAUAAAGAUGACAAAUUUUUUAAUUUAUGGAUGAUGAAAGACGGUCCUGGUGCUUGGAUGAAAUUGUUUACCAUACCCAGCAGCAGAAUUUAUAGAGUCAUACCAACAUAUAUGUUUUCAGAUAAUCAAGUGUUACUCUGUUUUAAAUUAGAUUGGAAAAUAAUGUCAAGAUUUGUAUAUAGGCUCAUAUCUUUUGGUUUAUUUGGAUUAACCAAUCAAAUAUGGCCUCUAGAUUGUGAUGACAUUGACAUUGAUGCAAUUACCAUUGACAAGGAUAUUGGUAUUGUUUAUAAUGGUAUUGUUUAUACAGAAAGUCUCAUCUAUCCGGGACUAGGUCUUGGGGUGUAA